CUCCCCUCCUCCUCGAUGCCGCCGCCGGCGAUCGGGUCGCGGCAGCUCACGGUGCUGCGGGAGUUCCGCCCGCGCGGGCUGGCCGCCGAGGAGGCCGAUGGCGGGGGCCCCGAGGCGCGGCCGCUGCAGGACUACGACUACUUCCUCUUCGACCCCUCGGUCGCCGCCUCCCCGGCUCCCGCCCCUGACGAGGCCGCCUCCUCCUCCUCCGGCGCGGACGGCGACCACGAGCUCUUCAUCCGCGGUAAUCGGAUUAUAUGGAGUAAUGGCUCUCGAGUUCACAAAAGAUACGCUUUUCCAAACACAGUCAUAAUGGCCUGCUGGUGUCGUAUGGAGGCACUUAGUGAUGCCCUUUUGUGCGUUCUUCAAGUUGAUACUUUAUCUAUAUAUGAUGUAACUGGCGAGGUUGUUAGUAUUCCACUACCAUAUGCUGUUUCAUCAAUAUGGUCUCUUCCUUUCGGUAUUCUACUUCAGAAAUCUUCUGAUGGAAGCCGCAUGGUAUCAUCCUCUAGUUCACUGCUAAAUGCACGGGAUUUAACUCGUCCUAACAAGGAAUUUGGGUUGAACUACAAUGCUGCAUGCCAAGCCCAAACACUGGACUCGGUCAAUAAAUCUGAUGGGGCCAUUAUAUCUUCUCAUCUCAUUUUGAAACAUCCAUUUGAAGUGCCGCAGGCAACAUAUUUUGAAGAAAGGAGCAGAUUAAGUAUGAUGAAAGAUUUUGAUGAAAAGACCAUAUGGACAAGUGAUAGAAUACCACUAAUGGCAUCAUAUCAUAAAGGAAAAUUUCAGCAUUCUGUUUGGCAAGUUGAUGGUGCAACUUACCAGGAAGCAAUGGAUGACAAUGCGAUGCUAUCAAUUCCCCGUGACAUUUCCCAGCAUAAGUUUGCAUUCCGUAAGAUAUGGCAGGGAAAAUGCUCCCAGUCUGCUGCUAGUAAGGUGUUCUUGGCAACUGAUAUUGAUGGGAUGCCAAUAAUUUGUUUUUUACUUCAUGAACAAAAAACAUUGCUUGCUGUAAGGAUUCAAGUAGAUGAGACUAAUAAAGAAGCAUUUGGCGAUAUUAAAUCACACAUGAGUUGGAACAUCCCUGCAUUUGCUGCUGCACCAGUUGUCGUAACUCGCUCAAGAGCACGGGUUGGACUCCUUCCCUUUACAGACAUCCUAAUUCUUACUCCUGAGAAUGAUCUACUUCUUUAUUCUGGAAAGCAGUGCCUCUGCAGCUACAGUCUCCCUACUGAAUUUGGAAAGGGCAUAUCAUCAAAUUAUGAGCUAAAUUCCGAGGUUAAAAAUUUGUACUCCAGUGUGAAGAUCACAAGCAUAGCAGAUGCUGUUGAAGGUCGUGUAAAUUUAACAUGCAGCAAUGGCCUGAUGCUCAGAUGUUCAUUACGCAAAUAUCCUUCAUCUUCUUUGGUUAGUGACUGCAUAACUGCUAUGUCAGAGGGCCUGCAGAUGUGUUUUUACAGUCAUUUUAUUUCUCUUCUCUGGGGUGAUAAUGAUCCUGCUUGCCUGUCUUCGAGCUCUCAUGUGGAUUCAGAGUGGGAAUCUUUCAGCUAUGAAAUAUCAAAAGCUUGCGCGAGAUAUGAACGAACUUUGCCAACUAAAUCAUCCACAUCGUCUAGUACUGCUUGGGACUUUUUGAUCGACAGCAAAUACCAUGCGCAGUACUGCAAAAGAUCUCCAAUAUCGGGCACAUCAUUUUUGCCCAUGUCAUAUGGUACUAGCAGGACAGGCUUUCAUUCUUUCCUCCAAGAUGAACAUAGUUCAGAUGCGUCAUUCUAUAUUCGGUUUAUGAGAGAAACUUUAGACACAUUGCAUGCCCUAUAUGAGAACCUGAAGCUGAAUGUUUUGCGGAAACAGGAUCUAGGAUGUCUUGCCUCCUUGUUAUGUAGGGUUGCUUCAUCCCUGGACGAAAGUAGUUAUGUAGAUUAUUAUUGCAGGGACUUUCCCCACAACUUGGUUGACUUCCAUUCCCUAGCUUCUGCUACUGCUUUGAAAACUCCACCAUGUCUGUUUCGUUGGUUUGAAAACUGCCUGCAUCAUGGUUGUCACUUGUCGAAUUUAGAUGACAUUCCUGCUCUAAUGUGCAAACAGAAAGGAUCUGCUGUGAGCUGGGGUAGGAAAGUGGUGUCGUUUUAUAGUUUGUUACUAGGAGCAGAAAGGCAAGGGAGAAAUCUCUCAUCUGGCGUAUACUGUGAAGUUGCCAACGGUUCAGCGAGAAAUACAGAGGAGCUUACUGUUCUGGCUAUGGUUGCUGAAAAGUUUGGGCGUCAGCAAUUGGACUUGCUACCAAUUGGCAUAUCUCUCGUCCUCCGCCAUGCACUGGACAAAUGCCGUGAGUCUCCUCCAGAUGACUGGCCUGCAUCUGCUUAUGUUCUUGUCGGCAGAGAAGAUCUAGCUACAUCAAAGAUGAGUUCAGCAAGGAAAGAAACUGCGUUUGGGAGCAAUGAUAAUUUGACAUCAAUUUCAGUCCCAUAUAUGCUGCAUUUGCAACCUGUAACUGUACCAACUGCAUCUGACGUCCCUACAUCAGAGGUUUUGAGUUCUGAGGAUACAGAUGCUGUCUAUAGAUCUGUUGAGGAUGGCAUGGAACACAUCUUCACCUCAACAACACAACUGCGAUAUGGUCGUGAUCUGCGUUUAAAUGAGGUUAGACGUCUCUUAUGCUCAGCAAGACCUGUGGCCAUACAAACACCGACUAACCCUACUGCUUCCGAUCAGGACCUACAACAGCAACAACUAUGGAAUUUUGCACAAAGAACAACAGCUUUACCAUUUGGACGUGGUGCUUUUACUUUGGCUACAACUUACACUUUGUUGACAGAGGCUCUAGUUUUUCCAAAGAUUAUUUUGGCUGGUCGGUUGCCUGCACAGCAGAAUGCAACAGUUAAUCUUGACCUAACGACCAGAAGUGUCUCAGAAUUCAGUUCCUGGGCUGAGUUUCAUAAUGGUGUAGCUGCUGGCCUGAGGCUUGCUCCUUUUCAGGAGAAAAUGCUGAGAACCUGGAUACAAUACAAUAGACCUUCUGAACCAAGUUUUACUCAUGCUGGUCUGCUUCUAGCAUUCGGUCUGCAUGAACAUCUACGAGUUUUAACAAUGACUGAUGCUUAUAGAUAUCUCUCCCAGGAGCAUGAUAUAACUACACUUGGUUUAUUACUUGGUUUGGCAACAUCUCAUAGGGGAACAAUGCACCCUGCAAUUUCGAAGAUGCUCUACUUCCAUGUUCCCUCUCGCCAUCCAUCUUCUACACCAGAGUUGGAACUACCAACACUUCUGCAGUCAGCUGCAGUAAUGGGAAUUGGACUUCUAUAUGAAGGUUCAGCACAUGCAUUAACCAUGAAGAUACUUCUGGGUGAGAUUGGCCGAAGGAGUGGUGGUGAUAAUGUGCUAGAAAGGGAAGGGUAUGCUGUUGCUGCAGGCUCUGCAUUAGGAUUUGUCGCCUUAGGUCGUGGAAGUGAUGCAUUUGGAUCCAUGGACACUUUUCUGGAUCGGCUUUUUGAGUAUAUUGGCAGUAAAGAAGUCUACCAUGAAAAAUUCCUAAAUGCAACAGUAGCCGUGGAUGAUCAAAGCGGAAACACUGGACAGAUGAUGCAUGGAUCACAGAUAAAUGUGGAUGUUACUGCACCUGGAGCAAUAAUUGCUCUAGCCCUAAUAUUUCUGAAGUCAGAGUCAGAAGAAAUUGCUGCUAGACUCAGUAAUCCCGACACUCACUUCGAUUUGCAAUACGUGAGACCUGAUUUUGUUAUGCUUCACAUUAUAGCCCGGAAUUUGAUAUUGUGGAGCAGAAUACAACCUUCUUUAGAUUGGAUUGGAUCUCAAAUUCCUGAUACUAUUAAGGUUGGUGUUCUCAGUAUGAGCGAAGAGGCUAUUGAUUGUGAUGAGUUUGAUGCUGAAGCCCUUUUUCAAGCUUAUGUUAAUAUUGUGACCGGAGCAUGCAUUGCAAUUGGUCUGAAGUAUGCAGGCAGCAGAAACGGUGAUGCUCAAAAACUACUCUACUCAUACACUGUUCAUUUUCUCAAUGAGAUUAAACACAUAUCUGUUCGAACUCCAAGUAUAUUGCCAAAGGGAUUGCUGCAAUAUGUCGAUCGUGGAACUCUUGAGCUUUGCUUGCAUCUUAUUGCUCUCUCUCUAUCUGUGGUAAUGGCAGGGUCUGGACAUUUACAAACUUUUCGCUUGCUGCGCUAUCUUAGGGGAAGAAGUUCUGCAGAAGGACAAGUGAAUUACGGACUGCAGAUGGCUGUAAGCUUGGCUAUAGGGUUCUUAUUCCUUGGGGGUGGCACACAUUCAUUUUCAACUUCAAACAGUGCAAUUGCUGCACUGUUGAUCACACUUUACCCGCGUUUGCCUACUGGACCAAAUGACAAUCGCUGCCAUCUCCAGGCCUUCAGACACCUGUAUGUUAUAGCCACAGAACCUCGACGGGUUCAAACAGUAGAUGUUGAUACAGGACUUCCAGUGUAUUGCCCACUUGAAGUGACAGUCGCUGAAACAGAGUAUUAUGAUGAGACUAAUCACUGCGAGGUGACCCCUUGUCUUCUGCCAGAACGCUCAGUGCUGAAGAGCGUCCGAGUUUGUGGGCCUCGAUAUUGGCCUCAGCUGAUAAAAAUUACACCAGAAGACAAGCCAUGGUGGAGAUCUGGAGACAAGACUGAUCCUGAUCCAUUCAAUGGCGGAGUUCUAUAUAUAAAGCGAAAAGUUGGAUCGUGCUCCUACUCAGAUGAUCCAAUUGGAUGCCAAUCUUUGCUUUCCCGGGCAAUGCAUGAGGUUUGUGAUACUCCAUCUACAAGCUGCAGUACUCAAGUAAACCGUGCAAGUCAUAGUUCAUUUCGAGUUGAUCAGUUAGUAAGCACAUUCUCUGCCAAUCCAAGCUUGAUAGCUUUCGCAAAACUCUGUUGUGAAUCAUGGAAGGACAGAUCUAAUGGCAAUUUUCAAGAUUUUUGCUCUCAAGUACUGUAUGAAUGUAUGAGCAAAGAUAGACCAGCACUUUUACAGGUCUAUAUCAGUUUCUACUCAAUAAUUGAGUCGAUGUGGGAGCAUCUGAAGAUCGGGCAAUUUCCUUUCUACGACUCUCUUUUCCCUUCCAGCUUGAAGGUUGCCUUGGCCUACAGUGGAGCAUUAGUUGAUGGUAGGAUUUCAAGUGGAGGCAUAAUACAGGCCACAUUCUUGGAAUCCCUCAUAAAGCGUGUGGAUAACAUCUUUGUGGAAUUGCCGAACCUCAAGGCCAACUUUGCCCGUUACUUGGGCACAGGCAAAUGGCCGGAUGCUCAAAACGACGCUGUGCUCCUCUCUUGGUAUCUCCAGUGGUAUAGCAUCCCACUUCCCCAUGUUGUGGCAUCCGCACUUGAAAAGAUAAAGCCCAGAGCCCCCACAGGCGUGUCCAUGCUCCCACUUCUUCGUCUGCUUCUGCCGACCACACAUCUUGUGGGGUUGAUGGAGAUUGAGAAGCUUCAGAUGAUGCCCAUGAUAUCCUAGAAGGUAGCACUGGAAAUGCAAAGGAAUACCAAGACCUGCAUCGACUGUAAGGUUGCUGUAAUGUUCUUAUUCCCUGCACUGCAUGUAAUUUUGGAAAGCCUUUGGCGCUAGAGGGAAAAAAGAAGGAACUGUUCUGAUUCAGUACAUUCUCCCCAGCAUUUGUCAUUCGAAUGGAUAGCUGUAACAUUUCAAGCACAAAGAAAACCUUGGUCUCCAGAGGAAAAGAAAAGAGGAGUGUUCCGAUUCACUAUAUUCUUAUAGGAAAGUCGCGAGGGCCUCCCCCUCUUAAAGCGAGGUUGAAUAGUGUGGGUUCUGUCGCCGGGGGGCUCUGAUGCCCUGAUUUUUAACAUUUUGUGUGCUUUUUAUCUAUUUUCAACAAUUUUACAUUUU